CUCCUCCCUGGCUGGGCAGGCGCCAGCUCCACUCCCCGGGGAAGGCGAGAGGCGCCUGGCCGCUUCCUUGCAAGCCGCCCUUGCGCUGGGGAAGACUUUUUGCAACCUGCUUCCUCUGGCCAGUUUCUCCAGACUGUAAUACUGGCUCCCCCAGCAACCCACCGAGCGAGGUCCAUAUACUCCCAGUAUGGCGGACGAAGACCUGAUAUUUCACAUGGAGUACCUGGACAACGCCACGCUAGCCAAGCCAGGUUGUGGGAAUUGCCACGAGACGGAUAGCGACGAGGAGGAGAAUUAUUACAUCUGCCCGAUUACAGAUGACCCUGUUUUGAACAAGGCAGCCGGGGACAAAGUUCAUAACUAUUACAGCAACCUGGUCAAAAAUGAGGGUUAUUCCUCCAGCUCUUCUCCCAGGAAUUCCUUCCAUGUUAGGAAUGGGACUCAGCAUCCCGCUAAGGGCAGCGCUCAGACUGACCAUGGACGGGAAGCGUGGAGGCAUGCGAUUGAGAAAGCCAAGCAUAUGCCUGACCCCUGGGCUGAAUUUCACCUGGAAGACUUCAAAAUGGAAAACGCCACCCGCUACAGGUACAAUGCCGUUACUGGAGAAUGGAUCGAAGACGAGGUCUUAAUCAAAAUGGCUGCGCAGCCUUUUGGCCGAGGAGCGAUGCGCGAAUGCUUCCGGACGAAAAAGCUGUCCAAUUUCCUCCACAUGCAGAAUUGGAAAGGGGCCUUUAAUUACGUGGCGAAGAGGUACAUCGAGACGGUCAACCGGGACGUCUAUUUUGAGGAUGUGCGGCUGCAGAUGGAGGCCAAGUUAUGGGGAGAAGAAUAUAACCGCCAUAAACCCCCCAAGCAGGUAGAUAUUGUCCAGACCUGCAUAAUUGAAAUGAAGAACAGACCGGGGCGACCUCUUUACCACCUGGAACAUUACAUUGAGGGGAAAUACAUCAAGUACAAUUCGAACUCAGGAUUCGUACGAGACGACAACAUCCGUCUGACCCCGCAGGCCUUCAGCCAUUUCACCUUUGAACGCUCCGGACACCAGCUGAUCAUUGUAGACAUCCAAGGGGUUGGAGACCUGUACACAGAUCCUCAGAUCCAUACCGAGAGUGGCACAGAUUUUGGGGACGGGAAUCUCGGUGUGCGAGGGAUGGCCUUGUUCUUCCAUUCUCACUCCUGCAACCGGAUUUGUCAAAGUAUGGGGCUGAUGCCUUUCGAUCUCUCCUCCAAAGAGAAGGACGCCUUAUUUCGCAGUAGCAAACUACUUGAAUCGGCUCAGACUGUUGUGCGGGGCACAGAAGAGAAGUGUGGCAGUAGCCGGGUGCGAACCAUCUCUGGCAGCCGCCCCCCCUUCCUUUCCCGUCUUUCGGAAAACUCAGGGGAUGAAAGCAUGAGCGACAUGGCCUUCGACUCCUUGCCCUCUUCACCAUCUUCUGCCACACCUCACAGCCAAAAGUUGGAGGGUCUUCAUUGGCCUGUCUUUAAUGACGUCGACAACUUGGUUCAAAAAGACCACGAAGGCCUUGAUAAUCAGCGGGAUUCUGAAAAUGGAGGAGACAGUGGAUGCCCCAGUGAGAAAAGGAGUGAUCACGAAGACAUGGAUCACCGGGAAAAGGGUCAUCUUAACUGCAACCGGAGACACGAAUCUGAUGAAGACAGCUUGGGCAGUUCUGCUCGGAGAAAUAAACUGUCUGAGACCGCUAAGCCGAGUUUCAGGAACAAAAGGGUCAGCGUGGAGAAAUGGAAUCUCUACAACGCCGCCCGAGUUCACAUUCACAGGCCUUCUUGUGUGGCGGUAGAAGUUCAAAGACUCAAUGGCCUGGAGCUGGAGAAGAAGAUUGGAAAGUCCAUCCUCGGGAAGGUUCACCUGGCCAUGGUUCGUUACCACGAAGCUGGCCGGUUUUGCGAAAAGGAUCAAGAGUGGGACCAAGAUUCAGCUCUCUUCCAUCUGGAACAUGCAGCCGAGUGUGGAGAACUGGAAGCCAUCGUGGGGCUGGGCCUCAUGUAUUCUCAGCUACCUCAUCACAUACUUGCAGAAGUCAUUCUACAGGACACGAAGCAAAACAGAACCAAGGGCUUCGAAUAUUUGUGCCGAGCAGCCGAAGCUGGAGACCGUCCUUCCAUGAUUCUUGUCGCGAGAGCUUACGACACGGGCGUGAACCUGGCGCCAGACAGAGAGCAGGAUUGGAAAGAAGCCUUGCAUUGGUACGACAAAGCUUUGAACAUGACCGAUUACGACGAAGGGGGCGAGUACGACGGCACGCAGGAUGAACCUCGUUAUCUCCUCCUUGCCAAAGAGGCGGAGAUGCUGAUGAUGGGAGGAUUUAAUUUGGACCAGGAUCUGCAGAGAUCAGGAGAGCUUUUCACGGAAGCUGCUGAAGACGCCAUGCAAGCAAUGAAAGGCCGACUAGCCAACCAAUAUUAUCAGAAAGCUGAAGAAGUUUGGGCCAUGAUGGAAGAAUGAAAAACCGCAAAAGAGCCCCCUUUCCCUUAUAUAUUUUGAUACAGAGACCCUUUUUUUUUAAUUUAAAAAAGAAAAAAAAUAUUUUGUUCCGAAGCUGUAUGGAAAACCAAGAGAGAGAGAGAGAGAAUUUUUAUAUAUCCUGUGAACGGAUCUUCUCUUUAACGUGUGAUUUUUAUUUUAUUUUUACUUCUUAUUGGGGUCUGAUUUGGGAGACCCCAAAUCUUCCGUCUUUGUGGUGGAAUGCAAGUUUCCUGAUUCCCUCUCUUGAUAUUUUUUUUUUCUUUUGGUGCAAUUUUCCAAGUUGGAAAAAACAAAAACAUUGGAAGACGUCAUAGAUCCUCCCGGUUUUGCUAGGAGAUCCAUUCUUGUAGAUCUCUUUGCCUGGCUGCUGGCUUCAUUCUCCAGGAUUUUUUGCUAUUCGUGAGAUUUAUUUUGUUUUGGAUGGUUAUUUGCUUUACAAUUCAGGAGUGGAUCCCCCUCCAGACGAUUGAAAGUCACGAUAGCAGAGCGGAUGGUCUAAAUAACAGAAAGAUUCUUUUCAAGACCUGCUGUUUUAAAAGCACGCAGGCAGUCCUUGAGUUAUGGCUUGCCGUUACGGUCAUAAGUCGUCAAACGGUCAUAAAAGGAGUCACGAUUUUAGGACCUUUUUUUUCUGCAGCCGUCGUUAACUGCUCUGGGUUUGCUGUGGUGUGGUUUUUGGCAAAGUAAAUACUGGGUUUUGGCAAAAACCAUCGUAAAAUACGGUCAUACGAUUGUAGGAUGCUGCUUCAGAGGGUUUACCCCUGCAUUUUUUUUUAAUGCUUACAUCCAUCUUGUAAAGGAGGCUUAGCUGACCUCAUCCUGAGCCAAGAUGGCUUUGCUCUAAAAUGGGGAUUUAAAAUUGAAUUGCUUCGGAGUCCCCGAUUAAUGGAAUUGAUGGAUAGUCCCGCUAAUCCAUAGCAGCAGCUGCUGUUGUGUUUUCAUGUAGGGUACCACGAGCAAUCCGGCACAGCAAACGCCAACGCAACUCAAAUGGUCUUUGCAAAUUAAAUAGUCAAACCGAAAAUAGAAUGGGUUUACAUUAAGGAAAUUACAUUAACCCAAUCCUUUAUCUGGGGCCCCCGAUUCUUUUUCUUGGUCAUAAUCAAAGUCAUCAUCUGGGUUUCUAACAUCUAAACCAGUGUUUCUCAACCUUGGCCACUCUUAAGGUGUGCGGACUUCAACUCCCAGAAUUCCCCAGCCAGCUUGGCUGAUUGUGGAAUUCUGGGAGUUGACGUCCACGCAUCUACCCUGUUUCUCCUAAAAUAAGACAUCCCCUGAUAAUAAGCCCAAUUGGGCUUUUGAGCGCAUACGUUAAAAUAUCCUUCUCACCCCAAAAAUAAGCCCUCCCCGAAAAUAUUUAAACCCAUGCGCAGCGGGUCCCCGCCAUUUUCUCUGGUUAGGUUUAGGGAGACAGCUGGAAAUCAGGUAAGACGGCAAGAGGAGCCCCGUCUUGCUCCACACGCCCCAAAAUAAUAAGACCUCCCUGAAAAUAAGGCCAAGCACUUAUUUCGGGGUUCAAAAAAAUAUAAGACAGGGUCUUAUUUUCGGGGAAACACGGUAGUUGAGAAACAGUUGGUUGUAGGCAUUACUAAAACAGCUUUGAUGAUUUAUGCAUCUCAUUCUAAAACAGCAGAACAAAUGCCAGUUUCUAAGCAGGCAUUGGCGCGCCCAUUUUACAGAUGAGGAAUACUGAGUCUUUUAGAGGAAAGCAUCAAGCAGCAACUAGAAAUUCUUGGCAAUCAAUUGCAAAUUUUCUAGGAAUCUGUGGGUCUGACCUGAUUUGACCUUUUGCCGGGCCUUGAACUAACCAAACUUUAGUCGUUUUGAGCAACGCCCUACUCAUUAAAGACACUGUGAGUUUUGCAGCUGAAUCUAAAAAAACAGAAUUUUUGGCUGUCUUACAGAAUUGUACCCUUUUAAGGGAAUUAGCUCGCAAUUGCUUUAUCUCCUUCUACAUCCACAGAUGUAGAAACUCCUUUUGGUGAUUAAAAAAUAUCUUUAAAAUCAAUAGCAUUCUUUGCUCAUCUCAAACAGAUACUGACCGUUGUAUAAACAGAAAGAACCAAAUUCAGCUCAUGACAUUUUACUGUUUUUGUUUAAGUAGUUUUUUUUUCCCUGGAUGUUCCUCGCUGCAGCUUUAAGACUGUUUGCUUAAAUGCCGUUUUAUACCGAUUUUCUUGUUUGUUCAUUUUUAUGAUCAAGCUGGAAUUCUGAUAAGAAGAAGCUUGUAUUUUCAAAUAUAACUUAGAUACGGUCCUGGAAUUUUGGAGGUUGGUAGGAAUAUACUUGUAAUAAAUAAGAAUACUUCUGCAGAGAAAAAUGGGUAGAAAUGAAAAAUGGAUAUUGCAUAUCCAGGGAGGGGGAGAUGGAAAAGCCAUGUUGCACAUUGUGAUUUGCAUUUUACUUGAGGGUCAAAUGUUUUUUGCAAUUUUUUGCUCAGAAAUAUUGCCAACUGAAGAAGAAUUUGACUGCUUCUCUAGAGGCAGAUGAGAGGUGUAUGGUUAAUUAAAGGUUUCCUUUUAUUUUGUGUGCAUGUCUACUCUGCCACAUAACAAGCAGUACUUAAAUCUCUAAAUUUUGCUGUCCUGCAGGCAACAACAUGGAUCAAUUAAAGCCAUUAUGCCCUCAACUGUAUUGAAUAAGUUUUAAUAAAACAGUUCCUGAGCAGGAAGCUUUUGAGUCAAGAUACAAUAGCCCUUAAAAAGCAACAGAAGUGGUUUGGCCAUACUUUUUGACAGGUUAUUUCAACAAGUGCAUUCAUUUUAAAAAAAUAAAAAAAGAAAGUAAAGCCGAUUACAAAAAAAAAAUCAAUAGUUUGAUGAUGUCAUUGGUGAGUCUUCACCUCUUCCAAGAACAAUGAGUAAAACGGGCAAUUUUAGAGGGGGGAAAAUGUUUAUUUGGAAAUGUUAGGAUUACACUUCUCUUUUACUUGAAAAAUAGGUUCUGCUGAAGCCUGCAGAGUUCUGGAAGGCUUAAAGAGUAUUGCCCAGAGUAGAGUUUGCAAUCUUUACAUUGCAUUCUCCCAAGAUCUUAGGUCUUAGGAUCUUCUGCUGGUUUGUCUAUGCAAUUAAUUGUUAACGUGUGCUUCUGAAACCAGGAUCAUUGGAUCCGCUUGUGUGAAUGGUUGCUAGAGAGUGCCCCUAAUCACAUUCCCAUGGCCAAACUCUUGAAAAGCAGACAAUAAGGUGUUUAAUUUACAUCUGAACUGUCCAUGGUAGCUCAAAAGGACCAAUUUCUAUCAGUACGGAAUCCCUGCCGAUAGGCAAAAUCAUGAUCUACCAGAAUUCAAGAACUUCAAACUUUUUCUGUCAAGUGUCUUGAUUUCUAUCUAAUUAAAAACAUUUCUGAUUUGGCCUCGGGGUUGUGUAUGGGAUCCUUAUUCUUGGAUCCAAGACUGUAGAGAUCACAUUUCUUUGCUAAAAUGUAAGGGAGAAAGUUAUCUGGUUUCGCUUUCCAAUCUCUUGCAGACAGGGAUCUGGAAUUGAAUCUACUGUGUUGCUAAUGAACCCAAAUUCCCAGUGGCAGCAGGACUAGUGUGGAAGGAUGGAGUUGGCAUUUCCAUGGUUCCCUGCCUUGGGUUGUAUUUUGCUUUUCAGUCUGAUUGUCAAUGAAUUCCAUUUCCUUCUGCAUCCUGCCUUAUAAUGCAUGAUUCUACUAUUUCUCUGUCCGGCAAAAACACGACGGAUCCUAUCAAGAACAUCGGAUAGAUAAGACUUGUCCCGGAUUUGACCGACAAGCUUCUGCUAAUCUAAUUUGCUCGACCGAUGGACGAAUCUUGUAAAACCGCGACGAAUGUAGUAUUUUGAGCAGCGCUACACGCUGGGCCUCUGGCUGUAAGUAAGGAAUAAAGUAGCAAACGUUAGAUGUUGGCUGACAAGCAUCGUAGCGGAUGAGCUGAGCUGAUGGCAUAGAGAGAAGUUUUAAAAGAGCUCAAGUUUUGUGAAUUACGUUUACAUUGCCUUGCAAAAAAAUAAUAAUAAAAAAUGGCAGAAAAUGCUGUGAUAUGUUUUCAAUAAACUUUCUCAAGGA